UGUGUCAACAAAAUCCAAAAGUGACAGACGGGACGUGGACACGUCAAAUUUGUUAGGAUUUUUUUUUUUCCAAUUGAAAAAAAUAAAAUUUCACUUUCUAUUCCGAUUGCGGGUGGAUAAUUCAAUUAAAAAACAAUAUUCGGAUGGAUUUUCUUAAAAGUGGAAUAAAAACGGUCCUCGGGACAUCCGAGCCAGGUGAACAACCAAGUGCUGCCGAUACUGUGGAAAAGCUUGUAGAUCGAGUAACGUCAUCGACUUUGCUCGAAGACCGACGAGAUGCCUGUCGCGCACUCAAAGCACUAUCUCGCAAAUUUCGCAUCGAAGUUGGCGCUCAGGGAAUGCCCGCCUUGAUUCAAGUGCUGCAAAAUGAUUGCCAAGACAGUGAGAUCAUUUCAUAUGCACUCGACACGCUUUGUAAUAUUAUGUCGUCGAGUGAAUUUGAUGAGGAGGCAGACAAUCCGACAGUGACUGUGAAUGUGGGCGAACAGUUUACGGAAAUGUUUAUUAAAACAGCAGAGAAUGUCACUCUGGUGAUGGGCUAUUUGGAGGAAUAUGAUUUUAGGGUGCGGCGGUCAGCUAUUCAGCUUAUAACUAUUUUGAUUACGAAUAAGACUAAGGAUUUGCAGGAAAUUAUAAUUGUCAGUCCGAUGGGAGUUUCAAAGCUGAUGGAUUUGCUGACUGACAGUCGCGAGGUGAUACGCAAUGAUGCACUGUUGUUGCUCAUUCAAUUAACUAAAGGUCAUUCCAACAUUCAAAAAAUCGUAGCCUUCGAAAGUGCUUUCGAUAAACUUUUCGAAAUCGUUCGCGAAGAAGGCUGCUCCGAUGGUGGAAUCGUAGUCGAAGACUGUCUUAUUUUAAUGUUAAAUCUUCUUAAAAAUAACUCCAGCAAUCAGCAAUUCUUCAAAGAAGGCAGUUACAUUCAAAAACUAGCACCAAUGUUUACUAUUCCACCAGAAAUCGAAGAGAUCGGUUGGUCGCCGCAAAAAGUCUCCAACAUUCAUUGUAUGUUACAGGUUGUGCGUGCAUUAGUCACACCAAGUAAUCAGCAACAAGUAAUUGCAUCGUGUCAAAAAGCCAUGCGAUCUUCCAGAUUACUUUUCUCUCUUUGCAACAUUCUAAUGAGUAGUGGUGUUCCAGCAGAUAUUCUUACCGAAACAAUUAACACUGUUGCGGAAGUGGUUCGUGGCGAUGCCAAUAAUCAGGAGGAUCUUAGUAAAGUAUUGGCCCCCAGUAAUCCUCCACGACCGGCUAUUGUUGUGCUCCUGAUGUCAAUGGUCAAUGAAAAGCAACCACUUGCUCUGCGUUGUGCCGUUCUAUAUUGCUUUCAAUGUUUUCUCUAUAAGAAUGAAUCUGGUCAAACUGCAGUCAUUCAAACACUGCUCCCUUCCAGUACGGAAGUUUCUAGCCUCACAACUGGUCAGCUGCUGUGUGGCGGGCUAUUCAGCAUGGAUCCUUUGGCAAAUUGGUUUUCAGCAACUGCUCUUAUGCACGGGCUAGUUGAUAAUGUCACCCAAAAAGAAGAACUGCUUCGUGUCUUACUCGCCACCGCAGCUGGAAGUCCACCGAUCUCGCUUCUGGAACAAUGUACGAAUCUUUUACAAAAGGAAAGCUACAAACUACAGAGCAAAGUCGGUCUGCUGAUGCUUCUAAGUAUUUGGCUGAGUAAUUGUCCAGCUGCAGUAAAAGCACUUAUUUCAACACCCGGAUGUGUGGCAUAUUUGAUAGCGAAAGUCUGUGCCAACGAACACGAUGAGAACGAAUAUUUGGUGCAGGGAUUGUGUGCUUUCCUCAUGGGAUUGUGUAUUCAAUUUAAUGACAAUACUGCUCCCAAUAACAAACGAGAAGAUAUUUUACAACUCAUAAUCAAAAGAAUAGGACAGGAAACAUUCUGCACAAAGCUGAGUGAUGUUUCCAGACAUGAAGCCUACAGUCGUGCAUCAAAGACGCCACAAAUUCGAGCAAAAACUUCAUCGGAUCUAUUUCUAGAUUAUGAGUACUGUAAAAUGCAUAAAUCUCUCGAAGCAUCAAUAGUUAAGUUUAUUGGUGGUUUUGAUGUCAACGGAACUGAUCUGACGGAACUUACGCUAAGUUCAGAAGCGUCUGUUCUUGUUGCCCAAUACAAAGGCAUCAUUCGUGGUCUGGAUACAGAAAUUUGCACUCUGAAAGAUACUGUUCGUCAUUUAGAAGCCCGUAAUGAGGAAUUAGAAAAAUCCCUAUCACAAGUUCAAGCUACCAAUACACAACUCUCAGAUCAAAAUCUCCUAUUAAGAGCUCAAUUAGCUGCAGUUGCUGGACCAAAAAAUUCAUCUUCAGAUCAGCAGCCACUAAUACAACAAGCUACAUCAUCUACAUCAGAUCCAGUUCAUUUAGAAAAUGUACGUCUCACAAAAGAAUUAGAGUCAUUGAGAGAAAAAUUGACUGAAGAAAUGCGUCGUUCGUCUGGUUAUGCUGACGAUUUAACCAAACUCCAUAAAGAUCAAGAAGAUCUUUUAGAACUUUUAACAGAUCAGGAAAAUAAAAUAACAAAAUAUGCUGGACAAUUGAGAUCGGUUGGAAUAGAAGUGGAAGAAGAUGUUGAUGUUGAUGUUGAUGUUAGUGAAGAAAAAUCAGAUAAACAUGGAGAAGUUAUUUAAUGAUUUGUUUUUAAAAUUUAAUAAAAUUGUAUGUAUAUAAUAAGAAAUUAUGGAAAAGAAAAUUUAUUAAUAAUAAUUAUAGUUAAUAAUCCUCUUUA